AUGAAUACACAUAGGACUGGCAACGUUCCACGGUUCAUCCUAGGUUACCUUGUCAUUCAGGCGCGUCGUGCACGUACCACAUACUACGUCAACCGACUCCAACCACCCUAUACACGAAUCAGUGCCGACUUUUUUUGUCAAAGUACUUCGCUGGACAAACCUCUGAAAGGGCAAUACUUACCAACUCAGCGCCGUAAUCAUCACAGUACGAGCCGUUUGAAAGCGACAGUAUCCAGGAUAGUAACAAAGGAACCAAUGCGCCUCUAA